CACUUCUGACAAUACUGCAGAAGAUAGGUGAACUCCAGCCAGACUAGCCCUCUCACUCUUUCUCUCUCUAUUAUUUCCUUCUCUGUCCAUGUUCUUUGGAAUUUGGGGAAGCAAAAGGCAUUUGGAAAUUGGAAUACGAGCCGAUCUCUUUACUCCUCUGCUCUGCAAGCUCUCUUUCUCAGCUUUUCGAUCUUUACUUACUCCUUUUAUGGUAUCUCUUCGUUUUCAAGAUGGAGGAGUUUCUAUAAUGGCUUCUUUUGUCUCUGCAUUUUGCCGAUUACGUACGAAUUGAGAAGCUGGUAGAUUGCAAGAAUACUUUAAUCUGUAUUAUGCCAUCUGAGAAAUAGCAGAUUCUCAUGUCCUAUCAGGCACGUGGGAUAUUAUUUAAAACUUGAGAAAAGUUCAAACGAAUCAGCAAACCUCAGGAAGAAUGGAAAAUCGAUGGGCAAGGCAAGGUACAAACUUGCAAGACAGGUUGAAAUUAGAAAAAUCCAAGUUGUCUUAUGCUGAUCUCCAUUGCAAAGUAAUAGAGAAUGCAGACAAUAUCCCAUCAACUUCAGGUAAUCAGCAAAAGCUACGAGCUGAAAGGAAGGCAACUGAGAAUGAAGAGCUUGUUAAAUACAUGUCAAAUUUGCCUAGUUAUUUGGAAAGAAAUGAAAACCUCUGGAAGAAAGCUUUUAAUGUAGGGGUUCUUGACUGGCGCAGUUUAGAAAAAUGGCAAUAUAACCAUAAAGGGAUCCCCUACAGAAGUAGCAGAGAUUCGCUGUCUAGCAGCAAUGCCUCCUCAUUUUUCUCAACAGAGGGAUCAUCUACGCAUUCUAGCAGGGGUCCCAGCUGUUCUCCUGCUCGUCAAAGAAUUCACCGGCCUACCUUGCAAUCUCUGCUGAUUGCAUCUCCAAAGGAAGGCUAUUCCCAAGGUGUCAAAUCCUUUGGAGGAAGUGUUGGAAAUUCUCAAGAUCUCAAAGCUGCCUCAAGAGAACCCUUGAAGGGGCACCAAAGAAUGCUUAGAACAUACCAGUCUUUUGAGAAAGAAAGCAAGAGGAAAGAUUCAUACCCACACAUUGUUCCAGACAUAAAAGUUCGUCAGGGUUUUGAAAAUUAUAGUGGGGAAUUGCAUUCAAAGGGAAAGAUGAAGAUCCAAGAAGGUGAGUCUAGAAAGAGAGUGGAGAAAAUGCAAGAGCCUUAUCAUUAUUUUGUUGAUCAUGAUUUGACAGCAAUAAAUUAUCAAAGAUCAAGUGAAGCAAAUCAAAGGAGAUUCUCAGACGUACUUUCUUCUGAGGAGGUCUACAGUGCGGAGCUCUAUUCUGACAUCCCACACUCAUGCCCGCUGCCUUGUGAAGUUGACAAGAUCAAAUGCUCACACUUAAAUCAAUCCAGGUCCUUAGAUAAAAAGAGUGUCAAGUUUUCAGCUGAACAGUCAAAAUCUUCACCAUCUUCUGCCAAAAUAUCAAUUAAUCCAUCCAGAGGCAAGAAGUCUUCAAAACAUUUGAAGCCUUCUGAGGGAUCAGAUCUAAAAAUGGGCACUGUAGCUACUCAAGUGAGAAAUUCUUCUCCAACUCGUCGUUUUAGCAUUGAUAUGGGUAAGGCAAGAAGUGCCAGCUAUAAAGAUGGUUCAGUUUUACUGCAGUUAAGCUCCAAGCAUGUUACUGCUAAAUCUGGUUCAGAGAAAUCUGUUCCUCCUGAUUGCUUGGAUAAUACAAGUAGUGAUAAACCGAACAGUACUAGUAGAGCCCGGUCCAGCCCUUUGAGAAGGUUACUGGAGCCAUUGCUCAAGCCAAAGGCAGCAAACUCCCAUCAUUUUUCUGAACCAUUGCGGAAAGAUUCAUCAUCCACAUAUGGGGCCUGCAAAUCAUCUAAUGGACGUGUAGAAUCUUCCAUUUUACAUCCAGUGAAAGUAAAAUUAGAUUUUACAAGCUCUAGGACAACUAGUGCGAAUGAUUCACAUCACAGGGAGAAGCAUGGAUUGUCAACUGUUCAAGCUCUUCUGAAAAUUGCCAUAAAGAACGGUCUUCCUGUUUUUACAUUUGCCAUUGGCAAAAAUGUUGACAUUCUAGCGGCUACAAUGAAAAAGAUACAACCUUCAGAAAAGGAUGACAACAGUUGCAUUUACACAUUCUUCAAAAUUUGUGAAGUCAAGAAUAAGAAUGGUCGGAUAAAUCAGAGAAGCAAAGGCAAAGGUCCUGGUUAUGUCCCAAAUGUUGUUGCCCAAAUGAAGGUUUCUAAUUCCCAGUUCUUGGAGUCUAUCAGACACAAUCCCGUGGAUCAAUUUAGCAUCAGGGAGUUUGUUUUGUUUGCCGUGGACCUAAAUCAUGUGAAUCGGCACACGUCAGACCUCCAGCCGAAUGAUGAGCUUGCAGCCAUUGUUGUCAAGUUCCCAAAAGAGCCCCCUAGUGGCUUGAUCCAAGAUGGGCACCGGUGUGAUAACUUCAAUCAUAUAUCAGUAACUGGUUUGAAAGAGCCAUUGCCAGAGGUGACCAGCUAUUCCAAUUUUAAGGAUAACAAAGAGAAUGGGUCUUCUGUUGGAAGUCAAGACCUAUUUAACAUGACAGUUAUUCUACCUGUUGGUAUUCAUGGACUGCCAAGUAAAGGAGAACCUUCACCACUGAUUGAACGGUGGAUAUCGGGUGGGGCAUGUGAUUGCGGCGGUUGGGAUUUGGGUUGCAGAAUAAGGGUUUUGGCCACCCAAACUCAACUUAGGAGAUCAAGUUCAUCCAAAGCUCAUCCUACUGCAGGACGAUUUGAGAUUUUCCCUCAGGGAGAAGUCUUACAUGAUAGGCCUCCCUUCAGCUUGUCCCGGCUCGUUGAUGGGGUAUUUUCAGUUGAAUUCAACUCUUCACUCUCCCUUCUGCAAGCGUUCUCCAUUUGCAUAGCAGUUUUAAACAGUAGGAAACCAUAUGAGCUUUCAGAAUCAAGUGACCUGUUUGAAGAGAAAUCUUCCAAAGAAACCACAUUACCGGAACACUAUGAAAUAAAGGCUCCUAGUGGUAAUCAAGUGGAGGUUGCUGCAAGAUAUGCCUCGUAUCCACCCCUUUCUCCUGUUGGGAGGGUCUAGUUUGCACAAGAAAGUAGUUCAUGAUUGGGAUCAGGUUUUACAUUUCCGAAUUUCCAGAUUGUGUUCAAGGCUAUCUUCAUCUGUCACUGAAAAAUAUCCAGAGUCAAAUGAAGCAUCGCCUAAAAAAUCAGAAUGUAAUUUUGCAGUACUUGUGUAUAAAGAAGCAAUUUCACCAGAGUUUGGAAAGAUAUGUUGUUUUGUGUAA